ACUAAUUGAGCGGGAUGACCUCCGAGCCAAGAUUCAAAACACCUUCAUAAAGUAAAUUCACAAAUUCCCUUUGGCCAAUCAGAUAAAAUUUCGAACAAGACAAAAACCUUGAGUAUGAACUAGAAGAUAUUACAUGGCCGCUCGGAGAUAAGAAAUUUGUCUUCCAGUGCUAAAAAAUAUUCCACGAGUGAGCGAACAUGUUAUCUGUACCAUGUGAGGAUACCAUUUUUCGCGCAAAAGCUUUCAAUUACUUGGUAUUUUAUCGGUGUUUACAUGAUAAGUUUCGUUGGGAGAUUUCAUUCUAUAUUCGAUACAAAUCUCGCUCUGUUUUACUUUUAGCUUUGCACCGGCUUUAACCGAAGUGCGAGCUUGAAAGCCUGAAUUUUAAAAGAAUGAAAACUAAUUAAAAGCAACCAUAUUCUCACUCAUGAUCGAAGUGUUACAUUUUUAUAUCUACAGUUUUACUGUCAUAAUGUCAUAUUGUAUUGCUUUUAAUGAAAAUCUCUUUUAUCUUAUGUUUGGUACAAGCAUGUAAUGUUCUUCUCGGUGGUUCAUUACAUGUGCAAUAUCCUCUAGACCAAAACUGUCCGAUAGUAUUUCUGCUUGAGAAGAUAUUUUUCAAUACUUCCAAUUAAAAUUGAAUUCAGAUGUACUUUCGGUUUCAAAAGUAAACUUCUAAUUUAAGGGCUCAAAGGCGUGCUUUUGUAUCCUCCUCAAAGUUAGUUGUGGGCAACGAUCCUUGUAAUUUAAUUUCGGCCACAAUACAGUUGAUAUUGGUACACUCGCGAGAAAAAGUUAUGGGAAUCUGACGUAAUUUGUUUCGAGCCAUCUCGAUGAGGCGACGACCAUGAGCUGGCAAAAUUCAACAAGUCGUGUCCCGUCUGACGUUUACCUUCAGAUCAUAAAUGAGCCAGAGUACUGGCUGACUUUAGCUGUGGUUGGUUUCGCCUUGUCAGCUGUGACUGUGGUUGCAAAUUCUAUAUUGCUAGCAACCAUUUGGCACGAUCCUUUGAGGUCGCUUCGAACUCCGCCAUGUCUGUUGAUCGCGAAUUUAGGCUUGGCAGAUUUGCUUGUGGGGUUGUGUGUAAUCCCUAUGGUGACGUUAAGGGAUGUGUAUCGAUCUUUCCUACAAAUGGUACCAUUACCGUCAAUUGUGGGAACUAUCACAUCAUGCAUUCUGAGCGCAACACUCUUUGUCAGUAGCGCUACCAUCGUUGCGAUGUCAGCAGCUUGCUUUUACGCCAUCGACAAUCCCAUUCGAUACAAGACAAACAUGACAAAGAAGAGAAUUUACUGGUUGAUAAUCAUGGUAUGGAUAGCAUCAGUUCUUAUCUGCUGCCUUCCGGUGACGACUAUUCCUGAAAAUACGUUCAUGCUCAUAUAUAUGCACACUCACAUAUCUCUGCCGGCCUUGCUUCUCAUGAUUAUCUACAUAAAAGGUUUUCGUUCCCUUUCGCGCCGACGCCGAGAACUUCUCCAAAGUACGAACGCGUCGGUCAGAAACCACAAGCUCGCUUUGGAACGUAAACGAAACAUGGCUGUGAUAGUGACGACAAUUCUAAUGAUGUUCUACAUCAGUUACCUCCCACGAUUUAUAAUUUUUCAUCUGGAGAACUUUUGCAGCCCUUGCCAAAUCAACGAAGAUUCAAUAAGGUUUCAUAAAACCGACGUGAUCACUUCGCGCCUUAUAUUCUUCAAUUCGGCUAUAAAUCCAUUUGUUUACGCUUGGAGAAUGCCGAAAUACCGCCGAUCUCUGGUAAGCUGCUGGAAAGCUCUCCAAAGUAAACUAAAGUCAACUUUGAAGCGUGAAUUACAAGGUCGUUACGACAAUGACAAUUAAUGGAGUCUAAACUUUUUUUAAGCUUCGUUCAAUUUGAAGGGAAAAAAUGAUAAAAAACUAGAAAGCAGCGAACUUUUGUUCAUGAACUGAGAGUAAACCUAGAGGAAUUAAUUCCUUUAGAAUUAUGAAAAGAGUUUUCUGAAUUAAUUACUCCAACCGGCGGACAAAGUUCAUAUGAGGCUCCAAGAGAAGUUUGAAAACCGCUUUUUUUUGUGCGAAUCAUGUUAGGAGUGUU